GGAAAGAAGAAAGCAAAAAAAAGGAGAAUUUAAAAUGUCUAAGUGUGAUUUCAUUCUUGCCUUAUGUUUUGUUUGCAUCUUCUCCCUCUUUACCUUUGGUUAUAGUGAAGCUGAUCGAUUCUUCGUGGAGGGAAAAGUUUAUUGUGAUACAUGCAGAGCUAAAUUUGUCACUAAAAUCAGCGAAUACAUGGAGGGUGCAGAGGUGAAGUUGGAAUGCAGAAACCAAUCAACCGAAAGAGUAACAUACAGCAUGCACACCACGACCGACGAGACCGGAACCUACCGGAUGCCGGUGGACGGAGACCAUGAACAAGAUAUUUGCGAAGUGUUUCUUAUUAAAAGCGGCAGAAGCGACUGCGACGAGAUCGUUCGUGAAGGCUUCGUCAAACAAACAGCAGAAGUUGACCUUACUAGAAACAAUGGCAUCUCCUCUCCCGUUCGCCAGGCCAACCCUCUCGGCUUCCUCAUUAAGAAACCUCUUUCCCAGUGUACCGAAGUCCUUCGAGAACUCGGCUUCACAUCCAUCGGAGCUCUCGUCUAAUUAAUAUUGAUUUUCACUUUAAUUCAUGUUACUCUAUUUACGAUAGUGCAACCAGCCAACUUUUAAAUUGAUUGGUAAUUUGAGAUUCUGGAGUUGGGUUGGUUUCCUUGAGAUGGGAUGGGGAAGAAUUAUUGCUAUUUUUCAAUUGGAUAGCUUGCAAUAAUUAAGCAUCUUAAUGUACUUUAACAAAAUAAAUAAAUAAAGCAUCUUAAUGUUUAUUAACUUAAAUUAAUAGGGUCUU